CCCCCAUCCACCACUACCGUUACCUCCAUCUCCAUCUCGCAACCAGCUUCAGUUUUCUUCCCGCUUCAUAGACACCACGAUCUGUAUUCAACGCAACCCCUUUGCUAAGAAACACCCCUUGCAGAAACCCCCACAGCACAUCCAUCUUCAAACUCCAACAAAAUGGCUACCGAUCCCAAGCACGACACAUUCGACUACCCCACCAUCAACCCCGAGUCGGGCGCCGGCCACCCAGGACACACCACCCCCGAGCAGGAUGAGAAGGUCGUGCAGAUGAGGAAGGAGCUGGAGGAGGAGGGGUUCACGGAGAAUCUGGAUACUCUCACUCUGCUCCGAUUUCUGAGAGCGAGGAAGUUCGAUAUUCCUUUGGCAAAGACCAUGUUCACCGAGUGUGAAAAGUGGCGGAAAGAGUUCAAGGUCGAAGACAUCGUCAAAGACUUUGUAUACGUCGAGAAGCCCAAAGUCUUUGAGUACUAUCCCCAGUACUACCACAAGAUCGACAAGGACGGUCGUCCCGUGUACAUCGAGCAACUCGGCAAGAUCGACUUGGCAGCUAUGCUCAAGAUCACCACGGAAGAGCGCAUGAUCCAGAACCUCGUGCUCGAGUACGAGCGUCUCGCCGACCCUCGUCUCCCCGCCUGUUCGCGCAAGGCCGGCAAGCUCCUCGAGACCUGCUGCACCAUCAUGGACCUUAAGGGCGUCGGUGUGACUAGCAUUCCCCAGGCCUACGGCUUCCUCCGCAGGGUCUCGGCCAUCUCGCAGAACUACUACCCCGAGCGCCUCGGAAAGCUCUACAUCAUCAACGCGCCGUGGGGAUUCUCGGGCGUCUUCAACAUGGUCAAGGGAUUCCUCGACCCCGUCACCGUUGAGAAGAUCCAUGUUCUCGGCGGAAAGUACCAGACCGAACUGCUGGGCCAGAUCCCUGCCGAGAACCUGCCCAAGCUCUUCGGUGGAAGCUGCGAGUGCGAGAGUGGCUGCGAGCUGUCGGAUGCCGGCCCAUGGAAGGACCCCCAAUAUCAAGGCCCUGCCACUGCACCUACUCCUACUGCUACCGCUCCCCCGGCGGCGACAGUCGAGGCAACGGCAACGGCAUAGAUUUGAUGCGUGUUUUUACUGUUGAAAUUGAAGGGAACAACAACCCAACAUAAGGGAAGCUAUAUCUUGCUGUGCUGUGCUGUACUUUAUUUUUUUAUUUUUUUACCACGUUUCUGUUCUGUGCUGGAUUUGGGAAGAGGGUGAUCUUGGGACCGUAGACUGGCGGCGGUGGGUGCGGCAGAAAAUAUAUACAUGGUAAUCUAAAGCGGGAGUAUCAAUUGCUUUGAUUGACUUUGAGACCCGUGCGUAGAGACAGAUGUACUGCACACGGAGCCGGUGUAGAGUACUAGUACGUGGCCUUCACAUGGACGAU